UAUGAUUGUCACCACCACUGCGCUCAUACUAAAUGUGGCCUUAAUUGUUUUAUGUUCAGACGAUGAGGAGCGUCUGGUAAGGGAUCUGUUUCGUGAUUACAAUAAACUGAUCCGACCGGUGGAAAUGAUGAAUGAGACCGUUGAAGUCCAUUUCAAAAUUUCAUUAGUUCAACUUAUCAAUGUUAACGAAAAGAACCAAAUAAUGACAGCAAAUGUAUGGCUUCAAUUCAAUUGGGACGACUAUCAACUUAAAUGGGAUGAAGCAGAUUAUGGCGGCAUAUCUGUGCUUAGGUUACCACCGGAUAAGGUCUGGAAACCGGAUAUAGUCUUAUUUAAUAAUGCUGACGGCAAUUACGAGGUACGGUACAAAUCCAAUGUACUGAUAUACCCGUCUGGUUCAUUGAUGUGGGUGCCACCGGCCAUCUACCAGAGCUCGUGUCAGAUCGAUGUGACAUACUUUCCAUUUGAUGAACAAAAGUGUGUCAUGAAGUUCGGGUCGUGGACUUUCAAUGGAGACCAAGUGUCCUUAAAGCUAUACCAAGACAACUAUUGGGUCGAUCUGUCCGACUAUUGGAAAAGUGGUACCUGGGAUAUAGUGGCCGUACCGGCGACACUCAAUGUAUACAAUAAUACCAAAUACGGAAAGCCUACAGAAACCGAUAUAUCAUUUUACAUAACAAUCCGCCGAAAGACACUCUUCUAUACUGUCAAUCUAAUACUUCCAACGGUUCUCAUCUCUUUUCUAUGUAUUCUCCUCUUCUAUUUACCCGCAGAGGCCGGCGAAAAGGUAACACUAGGCAUAUCGAUAUUGCUAUCACUGGUUGUGUUUCUACUGCUGGUGUCAAAGAUAUUACCGCCGACUUCAUUAGUGCUUCCGUUAAUUGCAAAAUACUUAUUGUUUACAUUUCUUAUGAAUUGUGUGUCAAUAUUGGUGACAGUGAUUAUCAUCAAUUGGAACUUUCGCGGCCCGAGAACUCAUAAGAUGCCCAAUUGGGUUCGGGUCGUGUUUCUCAAAUACCUACCGGUGCUUCUAUUUAUGAAACGGCCAAAAAAGACACGCUUACGCUGGAUGAUGGAUAUGCCGGACCUUCACUACCAGCACUUCCAUCCAACGCAUCACCAGCAGAGCGGUUCACCAGAUUUUAAACAACAGUGCACCGCAAAGUCCAAAGUAGAGUUCAUGGAGUUGACAGAUAUCGGCCAACAGAACCUACCCCUCGAUCAUCACCCGAACUGUACGAAAGUUACUCAACCUCUUCAACGUAAAGCAUCGCUCGAGAGGCUCGAGAGGGAGAGGGAUGGCCUUCGAGACAACGAAAGCAUUGAUAUGCUAUACCUCACGCCUGAGGCCUACAAAGCGGCCGAAGCUAUUGAGUUCAUCGCUGAACACUUGAGAAGUGAAGACGAGUACAUUCAGGUAUGA